AUGAAGAGAGAGGAGGCACGGAGUGUCCAGAGAUCAUUUAAGAAACAAAUUGGGGAGGCCUGUCAGCAUUUUCCUAGCCUACAGCCCUGGAUGAAUGACACUGAGGACUUCCCAUUCCUAGAUUCUGCACUGCAGAAGCAGGCAAUGGAUAUGAAGAAACGGAAGAAUUUGAAGAAAAAAGUGGAGUGGGAGAAGGAGACGCAGCAGAAGCUCAUGGAAAAGUCAGAAGACCCAGAGCAGUCAGAUGCCGAGCACCUAGAUGCCGAGCACCCAGCCUCACUGCGGCAGUGCCUGGGACCUGACUGUGUGCACCCCAGCCGGCCAGGCUCCAAGUACUGCUCGGAUGACUGUGGCAUGAAGCUGGCAGCUGACCGCAUCUAUGCGAUCCUGCCCAAGCGCAUCCAGCAAUGGCAGAAGAGCCCUUGCAUUGCUGAGGAGCAUGACAAGAAAAUGCUCGAGCGCAUCCACCGUGAACAGCAGGACACCCACACCCGCCUGAAGGACAUAGAGUGCCAUUUCCAUGAACUUGAGGCCAUCAUUCAGCGUGGCAAGCAGCAGGCUGUGUGCAAAGAGGAAGAGAGCAACCAACGUGGCAGGAACAGCGUCAACCUGCAGAUCUUCUGUGUCUCCUGCGGGCAACCCAUCAAUAGGCGGGUUGCCCUGCGCCACAUGGAGCGCUGCUUCGCCAAGUAUGAGCGCAAAUGGUCCUUCAGGUCCACGUACCCCACUUGCAUUCAGGGAGCCACAGGGCUCUUCUGUGAUGUUUACAACCCAUGGAGUAGAAGGUACUGUAAGCGACUCCAGGUGUUAUGCCCUGAGCACUCGAAGGACCCCAAGGUACCGGAUGAUGAAGUGUGCGGUUGCCCACUAGUGAAAAACGUCUUUGAGCCCACUGGUAAUUUCUGUUGCCUCCCCAAACGGCUGUGCAAUCACCACUACUGCUGGGAGAAGCUGAGACGUGCCGAGUUGGACCUAGAGCGCAUGCACAUGUUGCUCAAGCUGGAAGAGCUGGCUGAGCAGGAGAAAAAGGUGCGCACAGCCAUGAAGAAUCGGGCAGGGCUGCUGGCCCUGAUGCUUCAUCAGACAAUCCAGCAUGACCCGCUCACCACUGACCUACGCUCCAGACGGCUUCCGGGCGCUCAGGUACCUUGCGAGGGCUUUGAAGAGGGACUUGAAAGGGUGAGUGAGCCAGACAGCAUGCGCUGUGCGCUGCGCUGUGUGCGCACAGCGUGGCAUGUGCAAGUGGGGGAGGGGGCAGGGCUUGGCGUGGCUCAGCAUAAGUCUGAGCUGUCCCAGAAGUACCAGGUGGUGGCAAUGCCAUUGGCAGUAAAGGAGGCCAUACACCAGCUGUUGUCUGAAAAGAACCUGCCUCAGUACUGA